AUGGAAAAGGCCAACCACCAGGUUGGAGUAAUCAGCAGCAUUGUACCGCGGUUCGUCCCUUCGAACCUCCAACGAUGGAUUGCCAUUGCAUCUCUCGCCAUGCUCUUCCAGAUCGCUUUGGGAGGAGUGUAUACUGUGAACUCGGUGCUCUCCAACAUCAACGCCGACCUUGGCCCAUCAUCGUUAUAUUCCUGGCUCUUGUCAGCCCCGACACUGGCCUCUGGGACCGCCGCCAUUGUUCUCGGGCAGGUCGGCGACGUCUUCGGCCGUCGAUGGGUGUCUCUUUUCACCGGCAUCAGCGCCAUCAUCUCCUGCAUCAUAGCGCUGAGCGCCCACAGUGUGGGCCAGGUGGUUGCGGCGCAAGUCUUUCUCGGUUUCAAUCAGGCCGGUUCAAGCUUGUUGCCGGCGUCAAUCAACGAACUGGUGUCCACAAAGAACAGAGGAUACGUCUUUUCCGCUGUCAACUGCCUCUCCGCGGUGUGGAACAUCGCCGGCUCGCUGAUCGCUCAUGCCCUGCUUGCAAACACUGCUUUAGGCUGGAAGUCGGUGUAUUGGAUGAUCCUGGCCAUGAAUAUCUUUGGUGUCGUGGCUACUUUCCUCUUCUACUUCCCGGCAAAGCCUCUCGCCACAAAGGAGACUCCCGCAAGGCAGAUUGUCGCCGAGUUCGACUACGUGGGCUUAUUUGCCAUCAUUGCGGGACCUCUUCUUGUCCUCCUCGGGAUCAUCUGGAUCCCCCAGUACGGGGCACGCAGUGCCCGGUUCCUCGCCCCCUUCCUUGCCGGAGUUGCCAUCCUCAUCUGCCUGGGCUUCUAUGAAGUUUCCAUCCCCAAGAAGCCGAUGCUCCAUCCUUUCUUGUGGAAGCGAGUCAGGACUUUUACCAUGAUCUUGAUUGUGACUUUUUCCACGGGCAUGGUGUACUACUCCAUCUUUGCGCUUUUCCCCGUCUUCCUGGCCUCCGUCUAUGACGGAAGCGAUAUCGUCGGGAUUGGGGUUGACAGCAUCCCACUGGGAACGGGAAACGUACUUGGAGGUCUCACGGUGGGCUUUCUGCUACCGUGGCUAGGCCCCAAGAUUGGCACCACCCCUCUGUUGGUUGCUGGCCCCCUAUUGCAGAUCAUCUUCCUCCCGAUGCUCGCUCUUUCCAAGUUCAACAGCAAAAGUAUACCGUGGGCGUUUUCGUUCCUCGGAGCAGCAGGUCUCGGGGUGAUCGAACUGCUGACCAUCAUUCUCAUCCAAUAUUCCGCCCCAGACGAAUGGAUAGGAUUUGCCAGCGGAAGUCUUGCUCUUCUCCGGAGCUUGGGAGGAUCUUCCGGCAAUGCCAUCUUUCAAACCGUUCUGCAGAACAAGAUUGCACAGUUUGUUCCAACGGCGAUAGCUACGGCAGCGCUUGAGAACGGACUACCCAAGACCUCCCUACAGGAGUUCAUCGAGAUCAUGAUGGGCGUCGUAACGACAACGCCCAUCACCUCUGUACCAGGAGUGUCCGACAAAAUCAUCCUGGCUUCGACGGUGGCCUCCAGAAAGGCAUACAUCCAAUCUUUCAACUGGAUAUGGUACGUAGCGAUAGUAUUCAUGUUUGUGGGACUUGUUUGUGCCGCUCUCACAAAGGAUCUUUCCCCUGUGAUGGUGAAGCACAGAGCUCAGCAUCUGAAGUUUGAGGAUUCCGGGUCCCAGAAAGCUGCCGAGAUGAAGGCUGAAGAAGGAGCCUCCACCACGAAAGACGACCUUGAUGGGACGGUUAUUCAAGAAGAGUUCAAGUAG